AUGGCAUCCGUUCGAUCUCUCGGCCUCCACGAGCCUUCCGCUGUAUCCUACCUUGUCGCAGAGGGUAUUCUCCCACCUGAUCCCUCGGAAGACCACUACAAAUGGACGGUAUGCGUCGACGAAAGCGGGUUGACCGGUCCGGUGGACGAUGACCUGUUUGCGGCCGCCAACAUCAAACGCUCUGGGAACACACCUACGAGACCACCCACCACCGAGAGAUCUACAAAACAAAGCCGGCGAAAUGGGAAACAGUCGACGCUUGAAAUCCAAGGCUCGACAUUGGAUCUACACGGAGAUGCACGAGUGGCAGCGAUCGCUCCUCAGAAAUCUAGUGAGAGCCUCUCCAGAGCUCUGGUGGUGGUCCUGAAAUCGCAAGCGCAUAUCUUCUUUGUCGCGGGCAACAGCCAUACAAUUCCUCUGCCCUUCGAGGUGGAAUCUGUCUUCGCAACUCCUCGUGGUCUUCUUCUCCAGAGGAAGAUUCCAUCACCCAUCGAAGGACGCGAGCAGCCAGCCGCGCCUCCCAAUUCCUUCAUGACCAGCUCGCUAUUCGACCCUGGUGCUUCACAAUCAUUUGGCAUGCGACCACCUUCCAGAAAAGGCAGGCGUCCUUCGAUAAAGCUCUCUGCUCCAAGCUCUUGGAUGCCUAAUUCCAGCCCGAGCAACGACCUACCUCGAGUCUUCUCUCUCAUCGAUCCUCAUUCAGAGAUGGGCCUUGUUGUGACAUCGCAGAGCUCUCGUUGGCUCCAGGGUAGUGUUAACAGCACCAGAAGACGGCCAUCCGGGCUUGAGGUGCUGGAUCCCUUAGAUGAGAUUGUAUACAUCUCUCCAAAGGACGAGCUUCUGGGCACAAGCAGAGGCCCAACCAACGGCCCAUUGAUCCUAGUGGUGACCCUCAAUACUACUACAGGUAUCUAUACGAUUUGGACUGCACGCUACAAAGAUGAUGAAUCAGGUGGUUCGAUAAAAGACAAAACCAGACGGGAGACAGGAGGCACUCGGUCAGUGAGGCGGAGCUCACAUUUCGGCAUGGCAACUGGCACAACAACACCCGCUGCUCGCACUGCAGGUAGAGAGAGCUUUGGAGCUUGGACUGAAAAGAGUCAGCAAACUGAAUCCCAGCAACCUGAAGACGAUCUCGCUUCGAGAGUUGCGCAGGACUUUGGAGAUGUCGGUGUGCCUCUGAAGACAUCCAGACGAGUCAGCUCCUUGCUCGCCCGAACGGAUCUUGCAACCAGUCAGGACCGCAUGACAUUUUCAGAGCUGGCCACUGGAAGUCAGUCUAGCGCCAUACCUCAUGGUCAUGGUAGUUUCCGCCAGUCUAUCGGAGGAGCAAGCACACGUGGAAGCUUUGGUUUCAACCCGCGAGGCUCUCUUCCCCCUGGAACAGGAUCUGUCUACAGCACUGCAGGCAGCUUUGUGGAUGCACCGGUGGAUAGGCUCCUCGAAGAACUCAAUAACGAUGCGCUAUCAGAAGGCUUUGAGAACAUUGCCCUUCGUGAAUCGGCAUCUGGACUUCCAGAGGAGCUCCUAUUGAACAAGGUCGAGAGCUUCCCGUCAAAAUUCUCUGGAAGCUUCCAAAAGUCCACACCAGAGCCGGCAUCCCGUCGGUUGAAGGUCUCUACUUUAGCUUCCACUGACUAUGGAAGCGCACAAAAGGGAAGCACUGCUUCUGUUGCCAUAUUCAUUACGGACCAAGAGGCACGGAACAUGACCAUUGUGAACCUCAAAGCGGAUCGAAUCUCCGUCUCCAAGAGCCGGAAGAAAAAGAACAAGUCCGACCAGAGCCCAUUGCUUGUCCAUGCGGUCAAGGUUAAGCAUGUGCCAAAUAUCUCAGAUGCUUGCAAGAUCUCCGAUGGAGAUAUCUCACGAAUACUUUCACUCAGCGAGACAGAAAGCGGUCACCGUGAGUUAUCCUUACAGACCCUAUGGGGUAGCCCGACAAAAAUCGAGGUUCCCAUACCGCUACAGCUGUAUGAGCCUCAUGGGAUCUCUGCCAACAAACUCGAGGCACGCCCAAGAGAAAGCGGUGUUAACCGAGUUAUGGCUGACCCCGAUCUCGUCUUCACCAAGUUUGAUCAUGUGUGCUCUCGAGGCAAGAUUGACUUGGUGGACACUGACAAACAACGACACCGACUCCAAAUACGAAUGGAGCCCCGCAAUGAUCUGGUGAAGAAGAUAAUUAGGGUCUGCAAGUUCGCCCUGCGUGACUCCGACAAAGCAGGUGAUGGCAUCAUGGUCGCCUGGUGGGAAGUUAUCAAGUGGCUUCGGGGUAAAGAGGACAUUGAAAAUGACCUCGAGUGGACAGCUAUGACUGUUGUGCUAUUCAGCUUAGCAGUUCCAUUCGUCACGCUCCCCCAAACCCCGACACCCAAGCGAACACGUCGCAAGAAGGGCUUGCUAAGGUCGAGUAGUGGCAGCCAUCUUGAUCUCGAAAGCUGGGAGACCAUGCUGGACCUGGAGUCUGGCUCAUCAGGUGUUGUAGCGCCCUGGAUGAUGGACAGCUCCUGGGGAUGGAUUGUUGAACAAGAUGCAAUCGAGGAUCUCGCAACAACAUCACGUACACCCAAAGUUGACCAGCCCAACGCGAGCCGAUCUACCUACCGCAACAAUUCGUACUUGCUUCGAUGCAUCUCUCUCAGCCGUGAAUUCCUUCAAACUCCCCAAGGCGUCAGGGCUGCCGGCAACGAAGGUUAUCUCCCUAUUUCGGAACUCUUCUCUGAAAACACAAGAUGCACCGCUUUAUGCAGUGUCGUUGUGGCCUUGCAUUUGCUCCGUGAAGAACAGAAACUUUCAAUCUGUGAUUCGGAAGAGUCCCGGAGACCAUUGGGUCUGCUUGCUCCUGUUCUCGCACAACUGGGCGGCUGGCUGGGCUGGGACUCUUGGAAAUGGACCGAGGAUGCCUACUUCGGAAACGAAAUGGCCAGUAUGGAGCGCUGGCAAUUUGAAGAUACUAAAAUUUCCGGACUUAAUGUGCCUCGAGAACCUUUCACUCCUCCAUCUAUCUUUGCUUUCCUCAUGGACGCCGCUCACAAAAACCCUACGCCAUUUGUCACACUCCUUGAUAUUGUGACUGCGUCCGAGCGAAGUCCUAGAAAGGGGCGCAUGUGGCGUGAAUGUUUUAGCCUCACACCAAGAACAUUGGCGCUGAAUGGCUUCUUCACCGAAGUUCAUGAUGUAUCAACGCCCUUGGAAAAGAUUAAACUAUUGCAACGUUGGGGAUUCACCAAGAGCGUCAUUGACAGCUUCCCAGAAGGUGUCAGUGCACCGUUGUACGAAGCAGUAAUGCAAUGCCAGAUCGAAGCCUCCACCUCCUGGAACGCAUCGCUUCUGGAAUUGAUUGACCGGGAGGACCUCUACAUGUCGAUGAACCCCACUCAAACCACUUCAUUACCAGCACCACAGCAACAUGUACCGUCUCAUGACGCUGUACGAGACUUCCAUUAUAUCAGCAGUGCGGCGUUGGACAUCGAUGCCAUCAACGCCUUUGAGGCCUCCGCGGAGGCGGAUCGAUUCUCUGUGACAAGAUUGAUAUUCAAAGAGGAUAAGCGGUUCCUAGAAGCAGCCAGACUCCUUAACCAGUCUAAAGCUCCCGUGGCAGAGUGCAUACCCGAGCCAGAUUGGAGCGAUGCUGAUCUUCUCGAAGCGCAAAAGGAGAUUGUGCAGCUGGUGACUGUCCGCACUCUUUCUACUCCUGCGGGUCGUGGAAUGCUUUCCUUCAGUGGACGGCUUCCAUUAUUGACCGAGAAACUGCCGAUUCCGUCCUUUUCGCUACAGUGUGUCAUGAAGCCAUCUAAUGUGACAGUCAGUGCCGAAAGAUCUGCAUUUUCAGAAGAGAAAGUUUGUUGGGCAUUCUUCCACAAUGGUGUCUCCACCGGCCUGGCAAUCUCCAAGGCGUCCAAGGGAAUCGACACUUCAUGGAUCUUGUUCAACAAGCCACAGGAACUUACCAAUCGCCAUGCCGGCUUCUUGUUGGCGCUGGGUCUGAAUGGACAUCUCAAGUCACUGGCCAAGUGGGUUGCUUUCAAGUACCUCACCCCCAAGCAUACCAUGACUUCUAUUGGUCUCUUGCUCGGGCUUUCUGCAUCGUAUAUCGGUACAAUGGAUACCCUCAUCACACGCCUGCUCUCGGUACAUGUGACACGAAUGCUCCCAAUGGGUGCAGCUGAGCUGAAUCUUUCGCCUUUGACUCAAACUGCCGGAAUCAUGGGUAUCGGUAUGCUCUACUGUGGCUCUCAGCAUCGUCGCAUGAGCGAGGUUAUGCUUUCUGAAAUUGAAAACAGUGAGUAUGACGAGCAAGCUGCUACACAAGAAGACCUCCGUGAUGAAGGAUAUCGCCUGGCUGCAGGAUUUGCACUUGGUUUCAUCAACCUUGGCAAGGGUGAUGAUCUACGUGGUAUGCGUGACAUGCACAUUGUUGAACGGCUGUUGGCAAUUGCUGUGGGCACCAAGAACGUCGAUAUUGCCCAUGUGCUUGACCGUGCCACAGCUGGCGCAACAAUUGCCGUGAUGAUCAUCUUUAUGAAGACGAACGAUUCGGUACUGGCCAAGAAAAUUGAUAUCCCCGAUACAACUGUUCGCUUCGACUACGUAAGACCAGACCUGUUCCUGUUGCGAACUCUGGCUCGGCACAUUAUCAUGUGGGACAGCAUCCAGCCCACUGCUGAGUGGAUUAGUUCAAGUCUUCCUGAGGUAUACCGAGGCAGAUCGCGACUUGUCGAUGUGCGCCGCCUGCGCAGUGAAGACAUGCCUUUCUUCAAUAUCAUUGCCGGUCUUUGCUUUGCCCUCGGUCUCCGCCAUGCUGGGUCGGGACAAGCACAAGCGCGAGAUCUAUUGCUGUUCUAUCUAGACCAGCUCAUCCGCAUUUCACGGCUGCCUGUGCGUAACUACGAUGCCAAGCUGGCGCGCAAUUCUGUCCGCAACUGCCAGGAUGUGGUAGCCCUAGCCGCAGCCGCAGUUAUGGCUGGUACGGGUGAUCUAGCUCUAUUCAGACGCCUGCGCUCACUGCACGGCCGCAUCGACGCCGACACACCCUAUGGCAGCCACAUGGCAGCACACAUGGCGAUAGGAGUUCUCUUCCUAGGUGGAGGUAGCUACACACUCGGUACAUCCAACCGCGCCGUAGUCUCCCUCAUCUGCGCAUUCUACCCGAUCUUCCCAACCUCCGUCCUAGACAACAAAUGCCAUCUCCAAGCCUUCCGCCAUCUAUGGGUCCUCGCCGCCGAACCCCGCUGCCUCGUUCCCCGUGAUCUCGACACCCGCCGACCUAUCUCCAUACCAAUCACCAUAACCUUCAAUGACGAAACAACCCGCACAAUCGGCGCUCCCUGCCUCCUCCCAGACCCAAGCGGCAUCGCACGCAUCGAAAUCCGCGGCCCAGACCACUGGCCUUUAGUCCUAGACUUCAGCCAAAACGACGCUCUCCGCGAGAAAUUCCACCGCGGUGACCCAUCAAUCUACCUCCGCCGCAAAGCAACCUACAGCCCCUCGGGCUCCUCAACCUCCGUCUUCGCCUCUACUCUAACUGGCCUCAGCGAAACCCAAGACAUUCUCCCAACCUCAACAGUAACAACCUCAAACCAAGCAAAGGGCCUGCCCCCCUCCGCCUGGCCAACCCGUACAACCCUCCUCUCAGCAACUUCCCCCACAGCCUCACCCUCCCAAUCCCCCUGGGACUGGAUCUUCAACCUCCCCGCCCUCCAAGGCCUCGACAUCCGCGAACGCUCCCUCGUCCUCCCAUCCUCCUUCCCAAUGCGGGGAGAACGAAUCACCUCAGACGUCGUCUCCGCGCCACCUUGGCUACGCACUUCAGCCGUUGACGCCCGACUCGCACUGUCUCAUACGGUGCGCAAUAUCGUGCAGUCUGCGCGUGGCCGCGGCGCUGAUCCGGAUGAAGUCCGUGAUCACAUCUGGCAGUUGCGGUUGUUGUUUGAUUGGCUGGAUCGCACACAGCCUGUGGAACGGGAUUCGUUAGAUCCUGGAAUGAAGGCUGUGCAGCCGCCUUCGGGACUUUGGUUGAGGAGGGACUUUGUUGAUGAUGCUAGGUGGCAGGUUUGGGGUGUGCAGAUUGGGGAUCGGGUUGAUGAGUAG